AAGCAGGAUGCGGUGGCGGAAAAUAGUGAGGAGAAGGUUGAGGAUGGCAAUGCCGCGCACGUGCGUCGGCGGUGGAAGGUGGCGGCGUGGCUGACGGCGCGUAUUUUCAACGAGGGAAGCUGGCACCAGGUGGAGAGAGCACAGGCAAAGGGCCGCGGCGGCCACACGGUGAAGAACACCAGCAGCAAAAGCGUCAGCCGUGGUGACAUUGUGGAUGCGGCCAGGCGUCAGUGCGAAAAACGCCUUCUCCAUGUGGAUGUGCACGGAAUGGAGAUUGUCGGCCUCGUCGUUGCACUCACAUCGCGCUACGCGUACGUCGCGGUGCCACACGUGCACAACACGCAGGUGACCCCGCAGUGGAUGUUCGUUAGCCGGGUGCCGAUACCGUCCAUGUUGGCCACAGCGGCAACAGCAGCAGAUGUUGGCCAGAAGCGUGCAAAGAACGGUGCUGGCGACACACAGGAUGAGCGCUUCCUCAACGACGAGGAGCUGCUGUCCCACGACACAGGGCUGCUGCAUCGCCUCCCACUGGAACAGCGCGUACGGGUGACGGUGUGUGCGCACAAGGUGUACUGCAAGCAACCGCGCGCAACGGGGGACACCCCUGCGUUGCUUUCCGUCGCAUUUGAGGAUGCAGCCGUCGUCUCUAUCGCCCAGGCGGGGGACGCGUGCAGCAUUCCCGAGUGCUUCACAACGUACGCGGACGUGCUGCAGAUUGUGCGGGAGAGUUGUGCGCGCUUUAUCCGUGGGUACGGGAAAUACGGCACUCCCACAGCAGCAGCAGCAGCAGCGGCAACGUCACCGGCGACGGCAGCGGCAGCCGUUCCUGGUGGCGGCGACGGUGCGGUGGAGCGGCUGUUCGCCGCGCUGACAGACACCGUUUCGGUGCGGCUCAAGCGGGAGCGCGGCAGCGAU